AUGUGUCUUUGUGUCGUGCUGGCGAACAAGACACUCAGGUGUCAUGUAUUGCUGGCUACUAAAAAAUCUGAGGAUAACUUUGAUGGGUACUAUGAAAUUUUGACUGAAAUGAAUCUGUUGAACUUUUGGCUGUUGCCUGUGGGAAAUAACGCAGUGUUCUCGUACAGCCUGGAACGCGCUGGAGGAAAGUUUACCGUCACGCCUGCCGGAUAUAUCUUGGUAAACGAUGAAAUCGAUCGCGAAACGGAGGAUGUGCAUUCAUUUCAGGUUGUGGCAAAGGAAACUAAGACGUCAGAAGAGCGUCAAGCUGUGGCAUCUGUCACUGUCAAUGUCACAGACUUGAAUGACAAUAAUCCAAAAUGUUCCCAAGCUGUUUAUAGGGUUACUGUGCCAGAGAACAGACCAGGAAACACAUUUGUAGUGAAGAUUACUGCAUCCGACCCUGAUUUGGGACCAAGUGGAACGAUCCGAUUUAGUUUUGUUCCAGAUGCUAAUGACCAUUAUAAGUUCUUUACUAUCGAUCCCAUAAACGGUAGUAUCUAUUCGACGGCUAGUUUUGACCGUGAGCACCUUGCACUUUACAAGUUAACCACGCGCGCCACAGACCAGCCAAUUAGUGGACAAGCAAGAUUCGGAGACUGCCGGGUUGAGGUAACCAUAAGUGAUGAAAACGACAACAAUCCAAGAUUUACAAAGUUACCAAACAAGACAAGUGUGUCCGAGGGGGCAUCCAUAAACACUGUCUUAUACAGGGUUCAGGCCGCUGAUCCAGAUGAAGGGGGUAACGCUGUAGUAAGUUACACUAUUUCCGCUGGGAAUACUAACGAUACUUUCUCUUUGAAUAUCAACAGCGGAAGUCUCUCAACUCUUCGAAAGCUGGAUAGAGAAACUAAUGCCCAGUUUUCUCUUCAAAUCACAGCCGAAGAUGGGGGAAAAAAGUCAACAACAAAGAGUCUGGUUGUUCAUAUCACGGAUGUCAAUGACAACGCGCCGGUAUUCACUGAACCAGAGGGGUAUUACUUUUCAGUGGACGAGGGAAAAGCUGGUUUGACUGUUGGAAUUGUCACGGCUGUAGACACCGACGAGGGAAUAAAUGCAGAGGUCAUUUACAGUCUUAAGCCGGUAGAAGAUUAUUUAAAAUUUACCAUAGACGACUCUUCUGGCGAGAUAAAGACAACCUCUGCAUUAGACCGCGAGUCCGCUGACCAACAUAAAAUCCGGGUUCUAGCCAAAGAUAAAGGUCUUUCCAAUCUCCAGGCUGAAGUUAAUGUUGUGAUAAACGUCUCUGACGUCAAUGAUCACAGUCCGGUAUUCAGUAAGCGGCAUUACGUUGUAGCGGUGAAAGAGCAACUUCCAGCGCAUGUCAUCUUGAAUUUGACGGCAACAGACCGAGAUGUUGGCAUCAACUCGGCGUUUUUGUAUUCAAUCCUAUCUGGAGAUUCUGACAACAGCUUCGUCAUCGAUCCAGUCAGCGGUGCUCUUUCCACUACAGGUCCCUUAGACCGGGAACAGCAUGAUUCCUAUAUCUUGUUGAUUCGUGUGUCUGAUCUCCAUGGUAACAACAGUUAUGGCGUUGUGUUUGACGAUUCCACGGUGGUUGAAGUUGUAGUCGAGAAUACAAAUGACCACAGACCACUGUUUGCCAGUCCUUUGUAUCACGUUGAAAUAUAUGAAAACAUCACUACUGGUACCGCCAUCUUAAAACUCUCCGCCCAAGACCGCGAUGAUAAUGUAAACAUGGCUCUGAGGUACUCUAUUGUCAGUGGUAAUACCCUUGAGAGAUUCUUCAUUGAUGUCUUUAGUGGUGUAAUUUACGUGAAGAGUUCCAUUGACAGAGAUCCACCGAGGAACGAGAGUUCUUUCUUACUUACGAUCAUGGCUAAAGACGGAGGAGAAAUUUCAUUUAACUCCACCACAAAGGUUCCUUCUCAGUUUACUGUGGACAGCUCCAGUGGCGUCAUAUCAAGUUACCAACCGUUUGAUUAUGAUGAAAAACCAAACACAUACACACUAACCCUUACAGCAACAGACAAAGGGAUGCCUCCUCUAUCGGGGAAUACCACAAUUAUCGUGGAGCUUGAAAACGUUAACGACAACACUCCUAUGUUCACUCAGAACAAGUUCUUCUUCAUUGCGUUAGAGGGCUCUUACGUUGAUAGCAGCAAAGUUGUUGGUGAAGUGACUGCUGUAGAUAAAGAUCAAGACGAUAAGAAUUCUGCUUAUGGCGAACUAAAGUACGAAUUUGUGAACCAGACAAAAGACGCAAAGAAAUUUACAAAGAUUUACAACGCACGUUUUUAUCGUGAUCAUCAAUGGCCACUUGACCGUGAAGAUGCUGGCAAGGUCCUGGACGUGCGUGCUGGUGUCCAAGGAGAGUUAAAAAAUGGUGCGAAAGUAGUCUUUGACCCAGACCUCGGCAAUGUGGUGUCACUUGAAGCAUCUGAGGCUUGGUUACUAAUGGGAGACUUCAAAGAUAACUGCAUUAGUAACCCGAGUUUGUGUGCAGAAGGGCUCUCCAUUGCAUUCUGGGUAAAGUUCGUCUCUGGUCAGUACGUUAUAUCAUCAGGCGGAGCGUCAGGGUUUGCCACUGGAUUCGAUUUUUAUCGGGAGUCCGCGGCUGGUGACUUUAGGCUGGUUUUGCAAAACUCCACUAGUGAAUGGAGUCUAAAAUUGAACGACAUACCAACGGAUUGGUUUUACUUCACUUUUACAUGGAGUGUAGAGGCAGGGUUACGUUACUUUCAAGACGGACAACUGAUCGCAUCUACACAAGCCCCAGAGAAAGUAACACGUGGAAGCGAUAUUUUCACCUCAUUGACCAUUGGCAAACCUAACAAUGUUGAGAGUCCUCAGUAUUAUGGAAACUUAUCGGUCAGCGAUCUUCUAAUUUGGCGCAAGCGCCUUACUGAUGAGGAAGUCCUGCAUUCCUAUAAAAUAUCACGACAUGUUACGGGGAAAGAUAUGCCAAGCUCUCCCCAGUACAAAGACAAGUUCGCACUGUCAGACUAUGGCGUAAUAACUGCCAUUGGAGUACUGGAUCGAGAGACCAAGGCGAACUAUAGUUUCGAGGUACGUGCAAUGGAUCUAGAUCCAAUUCACCCUCGAUACAAUACAACCGUUGUGGCAAUGCAAGUCCUGGAUGCGAACGAUAACCCACCGGUAUUUGAGAAUGCAAGCUACUUCGCAGAUCUUCUGGAGCAUUCUAGUGUAGGAUUUGUCGCGUUGCAGGUUCGGGCAGAUGACACUGACCAGGGUGUGAAAAGCGUAGUAUCUUACAGCAUAGUCAGCGGUAAUGUAAGGAAUGCAUUCACUAUCGAUGUUAUGACAGGAGAGAUUAAAGUCGCUAGGGAUCUGGACCGAGAAGAUAUGCAUCAGUACGUGCUGGGAGUAGAGGCCAGCGACGGUGAGAAGUCUUUUCUAAGAUAA